AUGUUCUCAUUAACCAUCAUACUCGCGGCUAUUUUCGCCAUGGGAGCUGCUUUUCCACAUCCUCAUGACAUUGCAAUCACCAGGUAUCCCACAAGACUCCUAGCCGGCGUCACCGUCCCAGAUACACCCCUAAUUACGAAAAGCAUCGCCUUCGCUCGCCAGAACUCCGAUAAUUUUACGUUCAACCAUGUCAUGCGAAGCUGGCUAUUUGGUGAAAUAGUCGCGUCCUCUGACCCUAUCUACAAGUUUCGAGAUCGUGAAGCCGUCGCAAUAGCUGCGAUUCUGCAUGAUUUAGGUUGGAGUUUCAACCAGGAUCUAAUUUCCAAGAAUAAGAGAUUUGAAGUGGAUGGGGCAAAUAGUGCGCGGGAUUUCUUGAUUAGAGAAGGGGAAAAGGGAAGGUGGGAUAAGCAUCGGCUUCAGCUUGUUUGGGAUAUUAUUUCGUUGCAUACGCAGCCGAGUAUCUGGAUGUAUAAGGAGAUUGAGGCACAGGCGGCGUCUUUGGGUAUCGCUUUGGAUUUCAGACAGCCAGAACAAAGUCCAGGCGGAGUAAUUACCAGAAAAGCUUGGAACCAGAUCACCCACGAAUUCCCAAGACUGAACUUUCGCGAAUCGCUCAAGAAUAUUUCUGUUGGGUUCUGUAUCACGAAACCUGAGACGACCUACGAUAAUUUUAUAAGGGAUUUUGGAGAAGCUUUUGUACCCGGUUACAAAUAUGUCUCGUUCUUGGAUAGUGUUUGGAAGAAUGUGCCAGAUAAUUGA